GACUUAAUGAUAAAUUUCCGCGAUGGCAAGUCUCGUCAAAGAUUACAUUAUGAGCCCACAUUGGAACGAGUGCUUUACGUACGAAGAAGCGUACAAGAAGUCGCUGGAGCACCCGGAGGAAUUUUGGAGCGAGAUUGCCGAUUGUAUCGACUGGAGCAAGCCUUGGCACAAGGUCUUGGACAAUUCUAACGAGCCAUUCACCAAAUG